AUGGGCCAACUCGCGUGCUAUGUCAGUCUCUGGACGACGGUCUUACUGUCUGCCUCUGCUGCUUCAGAACGAUACCUUCCUGUUGUUAAAAGAGAUGACCCGGCCGUAGUCUCUGCGAGAUUACAUGCGCCUCCGGCUCCAGCAAUUCCAGCGCUUCAAGCGAGGGAUACUAUCUCAGCACCAGCGUUGAAAGACUCGAAAUUUGGACAGGGCGGCUACUGGCUCAAUGUAUCGAUUGGAACGCCUCCACAACCAGUUGCAUUGCUGGUUGACGCGCAGGAUACAGGCAUUGUUGUGAUGUACCCCGGCUCUCAGAAUGUAGACUGUUCCGACUACCGAUAUUGUGAUUUUUAUGGACAGUUUGCUCCCCAGAACUCGUCUUCUUUCGCUUCAUAUGACGAGGACUGGCAGCAGGAACUUCCAACUUCCUUCAGCGGCUUUGAUACGCUCCGCGUGGGUGAUUCAAAGCCAAUCAAUAUCUCUCUGGGGCUUGUCGCGGUCGACAACGUCUCUAGCUACAGUUCCAUCGGGAUCGGUCCAUCCAAUACCAGCUUCCCCUACCAGCUGGUAGACCGCGGCCUUAUCAAUACCCCAUCAUUCAGUGCGUGGCGGGAUGCUGUUCAAGACGCAGACCCAGACCUAGAACAACACCCAAACCACAGUCCCGGCAGUAUAUUAUUCGGCGGCAUCAACGCUGCCAAAUUCAUUGGGCCUCUCCACGCCUUUUCCUUCAGGGACUCCCUUCCUUCCAUGACCCUUCCCGUGCAUGGCGUCCAGAUUCACGUCGAUCCUGCAGCCGGCCUGCCAUCUACUGCAAAUUUCUCUAGCACAGAAGUCCUUAUAAACUCCACCUUCAAGGAAACACUCUUCGACCUGCAAACCAGAUAUGUUUCCACAUAUGUACCUCUUGAAACAGCAAUGAUCAUCUACAAUGCGCUCAACCUAACAACCAACCGCCGAGACGACGGAUACUAUACUGCCCCGGAAAUCCCUUGCAGUCGCAAAACCGAGAACCACACACUAACCUUCUUAAUCGGCUCCGCAGCGUUCGAUAUCCCCUGGACCGCAUUCCUGCAUCCCUCCAACAUUCCCAGUCAAGGGAUCUGCUACUUCUAUAUCCAGCCUCCAUACGAGGAAGAUCCGCUCUUCGCGGGGACUUUGGGGAGUACACUGCUGAGUCAAUUGUACCUUGCCGUCGACUACAAUAGUAUGAUGAUCGGAAUCGCGCCGAUUAACCGGAAUUCCCCGCAAGAUGAAAUAUUAGAAAUUGGGACCGAGGCACCGCAGUUUCCUGGUGGUGUUGGGGAUUUCCCUGAGACAGUUACGGCGUAUACGCCCGCACCAACAGAGACGAUUGCUACGGAGACGUCGGAUGGGUGGGCAGCUAUGAGGACUGCAGCACCUUGUGUAUUGCCUGCGGUUGCGGGGGCUGUGUUAAUAGGGUUGAUUUAG